AUGAACAACGGAUUACGCGUGGCUGGAGGCGUGGCCAAGAAAAAUGGUGGCUCCAAGGCAGCGAAAGACAUGUCAACGAGAGCGGCGUAUCAAGGCAUUCAGUUCUUGAAGUCCUACGGCCAACACAUUCUAAAAAACCCGGCGAUUGUGGAUUCGAUAAUUCAGAAAUCAGGAGCGAAAAGCACCGACGUCGCGUUAGAGAUUGGACCAGGGACCGGGAACUUGACCAUGAAAUUACUAGAGACGUGUAAGAAAGUCGUCGCGAUCGAGUACGACGCGAGAAUGGUCUUGGAGUUGCAACGGAGAGUGCAAGGGUCGCCGUACCAGUCAAAAUUGGAAAUCAUACAAGGGGAUUUCAUGAAGGUUGAGUUACCGUAUUUCGACGUGUGCGUGGCAAACGUGCCGUAUCAGAUUUCUUCGCCGCUGACGUUUAAGUUGCUCUCGCAUCGACCACAGUUUCGAAGCGCGACGCUGAUGUUUCAGAGAGAGUUUGCCAUGCGAAUGGUCGCGAAGGCUGGCGACGCGCAGUAUUGUCGCUUGGCGGUGAACACGCAGCUGUUGGCGAAGACGCAACACAUUUUAAAAGUAGGGAAGAACAAUUUCCGACCGCCGCCGAAAGUCGAUUCGUCCGUGGUGAGAAUCGAGCCGAGGAAACCUCCAGUGCAGGUGAACUUUCGAGAGUGGGAUGGUUUAAUUCGCUUGUGCUUUGGGAGGAAAAAUAAGACGUUAGGGGGGAUUUUUCGAACGAAAACGGUGUUGGAGUUGUUAACGAAGAACUAUUUGACGUUUAAAGCAGUAAAGGUGAAUUUAUUAGAUGAUGACGCCAUGGAAUUAGCCGAGGAAGAGGCGAAUAACAAGGAGAAACGACAGGAAGUCAAGGAUCACGUGAAAGAGUUAAUCGAAAAGGUAUUAAACACGAACGGAUACGUGGAGAUGCGCUCGAGUAAAAUGACGCAGGAUGAUUUCUUACAACUGUUGGCAGUGUUCAACGAACACGGCAUACACUUUGUCGGUUAA